UUUCAGGCUGGCGCGCGCGCUGUUCAAAACACUGGGAGCAGAAACGCGCGAGGAUAAAACUGCACAGCCACCAACAAUUACAGCAGGUUAUUGUUAUAAAAAGCUUUCCGUCUAGAGGUUCUCAGUGUCACUGUGUGCAGGUGAACUUUAAAAAUGAUUCCCACCGCGACCAGGAAGCGAAAGCUCCCAUCUGUGGACUCAGACAGUAACCCAGCAAAAAAGGUCUUGGAGGAGUUGUCCCCAGUCAAGAGGAGAUCUCCGAGGGAAAAGCCAGCUGAGCAUCAGUCUGCACAGAAAUCCCCACUGAAAGAAACAGACUCACCGACCAGAUCUCCUCGCAAAUCUCCACGGAAACCUUCUGUAGUUACGAGCUCCUUCUAUGGGAAACAGAAGCCCAUGUAUCUCACCCCACUUGAGAGAAAGGUGAUAAAGGAGUGUUUGCCCUCUCAUCAUGCUGCCCUUCCCUCUCCUCCUCCUCCUUUGGCUAAAAAGGCAGCAAAGAAAACGAGUAAAAGUACCAAGACUGUUAAGAAAGGCAGCAAACCCAGGAAGAAAUCUUUAGGAUCUAAUAAAGGAGGGAAGAUGGACAGCAAAAGUUACUUAAAGGCUACAAAAUCCAUCAGUCUGUCCGAGCUGAAGAGCAGAGCUGCUGCUAAACCAGCAUCCAGCGUUGCCACGGCGCCCGCCAGCAGCAAACCGGUGGACUCCAGGAAGCCCGCCCCCCUCGUUCUCAGCACCCUGAAGCCCAAACCCAAGAUCUUUGUCGGAGCCGCUUUCUUCGGCACGGGGAAGAAACCCAGCUCAAUGUACAAGAGAUCUGCCCCAAAGGCUUCCUCCAGGCCGGGAUCUGUCACGGCGAAGGCCAAAGCGGCGCCAAAGCAGCAGAAACAACAGAAACAACAGCAGGAGGAGGUUCUGGAGACGAAGCAGGAGGAACCACAGCAGCAAGUGGAGGAGAAGGACCAUACGAGCAGUAAGCAGAGAGUGGAGUUUGACCCCACAGACUGGGACGACUUUGCUGACGAAGACCCUCAAACAUUGAGCCCCCCAAGUUCACGGAUGAAAACAUACAGAAUCAACCAGGAGCUGAAGAUUGUGUUGUCCAGGACCCCGACGCCAAGUCCAGGCUCUGCAGUUUCAGCCAUAAUUGCCAAGGAUGACUCUCUAACUUUAGAAGACCCUGAGCCCAGCUUUGACAUCAGUGAAAUAAAUUCCACUAAAUCAGCCUCAACCCCAUCUAGAGAGUCUGCAGCAGCUGUGUAUCCCAUAUUCGGUUCGGCCUCAAAAAGGUCAAAGGUCGCCGCUCUGCGGCCGGCGUCCUGCAGCACCCCCUCCGGAUCGGGGACCCCGCUGCAGAAUCCCCCCGCCGCCUCAAAGGAGAGAAACCUCCGCAGGAGGAAGGAGAAGCAGGACAGCGACCAGCUCAUUAUCGACGCCGGUCAGAAGCAGUUUGGAGCCAGAACCUGCGUCUCCUGCGGGAUGGUUUACAGCGCCGACAACCCGGAGGACAACUUCCAACACACCCAGUUCCACCAGAGAUUCCUCAACUCCAUCAAAUUUGUUGGUUGGAAAAAGGAGCGAGUGGUCGCUGAGUUCUGGGAGGGAAAAAUCAUCCUGGUCCUGCCCGACGAUCCCAAAUAUGCAGUUAAAAAGGCUGAGGACGUGCGGUGUGUAGCGGACAGCGAGUUGGGCUUCCAGCAGGCCACUCUGAGCCGGCCGGCGCAGGCCAAAACCUUCCUGUUCAUCAACUCUGAGCGGCUGGUGGUGGGAUGCCUGGUUGCUGAACCCAUCAGACAGGCCUACAGAGUCCUGGAGCAGCCGGACCGUCAGAAGGACAUGAGGAGAGACGACUUCAUGGAGCGCCACCGGGCCUGGUGCUGCUCCACCGUGCCAGAGCCCGCCCUGUGCGGCAUCAGCCGGAUCUGGGUCUUCAGCCUGGCCCGGCGCCAGGGCAUCGCUACCCGCAUGCUGGACACCGUCAGGAGCUCGUUCACGUACGGCAGCCAUCUAACCAAGGAGGAAAUCGCCUUCUCAGACCCGACGCCCGACGGGAAACUGUUUGCCACCAAGUACUGCGGCACGCCCGCCUUCCUCGUAUACAACUUCGUCGCAUGAAGUUCGGAGAGUUCACGUUAAAGGUGCAGCGCCGGGUUUAGGCGUCUCGUUCAUAUGCAAAGAUCUUCAGGUUCCUCUGUGACUGUCAGGAGUUUUAAAAUUUAAAGUCCAGCCUGUUCAGAAUAGAGAUUUUAGACGUUUUAUGCUUCUGUAUUUAUUCUGUGCUGCUUGUUUUUUUUCCUAAUGAGGUUAAUUCACAGGAUAAACAAAAUGUUUUUAUGUUAUCUACAUUUCUCUUUUCCCCUUUGGGAGGACGAGCUUGUUUUAUGGAGGGAAAAUGUUCACGCACACCAACUUUUGUUGUAAGGUGGAUGCCAUUACGAAGAAGCAUUUCUACUUUGUACAUAGAUUUAAUAAACUGAAUGCCUUUGUUUCAUGA